CUAGGGCUCGCGAGCUCUUCCCCUGCCCCCCACCUCUCCCACCCAACGAGCCCGCGGCGGCGACGACGACUAGGGUUUUGCCCCCGCCACCGCCGCCGACUUCCUCCCCGCGCCGGCGACGAUCCAGGCCGGCCCGCCCCACCGGAGCCCCUCCGCCGAUCCAGCGUUCCGGGUUUCCCCCGGAUCUAGCGCACGCAAGAUGCUUCCUCUCUCGCUCCUCAAGACCGCCCAGGGGCAUCCCAUGCUCGUGGAGCUCAAGAACGGCGAGACGUAUAACGGGCACUUGGUGAACUGCGACACGUGGAUGAACAUCCACCUCCGGGAGGUUAUUUGCACAUCAAAGGAUGGCGAUAAGUUUUGGAGGAUGCCAGAGUGUUACAUCCGUGGGAACACCAUCAAGUAUCUUCGGGUUCCUGAUGAGGUGAUUGACAAGGUCCAGGAAGAAACUUCAAAGAGCAGAUCAGAUAGGAGGCCACCAGGUGUUGGCCGUGGAAGAGGAAGAGGUGAUAUAGGUGCUAAACCUGGAGGCAGAGGCAUUGGGCGCGGCCAGGAUGAUGGUGGCAGCAAAGGUGGUGGUGGUCGUGGAAGGGGAGGAAUUGGAGGUAAAGGCGGCAACAAAGGUGGAGGCCGCGGACGUGGGUGAGAGGGAAGGUCACCAUGUGGGGAUGCCGCUUUUUUAAGGCCUUGUGGUUGUGUCACAUAGAUUGCUUAGGACGGUGAAGAAUGGACUGGUGGGGUUAGCAUUGUUUUAUCAUUUUGUGGUACCGCUGAAAAAUGCUUCAUGGGUCCAGAAGUUAUGUGAAGAGGCAUGCUGUUGCUUGUCUCAAAACAAUUUGUUUGAUGUCUGGACCCUCGACUAUUGAAUAUUAUUGUGGUUGCAUAAUCUGUUCUAUCAGAGAGCCAGGUAAAGCUGUUGAUGUUCAUGAC